ACUAGCAGUACAGUCACAGAGUCAGACUAACAACCUGAAACCUACCACCUGUAUGAAUGCUUCUACAGAAAGAACUGCCAUAAUCUGAGGAUCGCUGGUCUGUGAAAGAGGAGAAAAGGAGAUCUUUAUAAAAGUUGUGCUUUGUUUCCCUGUCCCACCAUGAGCGUUGGAGAGGAGGAUGUGAAUAUUGUAAUUGCUUCUAGCACAGCAGGUGGAGAUGAAGGAAGUGGAAGAAUUACACAACCAUCCAUGCCUAGAAGGGCCAUUGCCACAGUUCCUACAAUUGUUUCUGCUUCUACCACCCACACUUCAGGGCCCACACGGACUUCAGCUCCAACUACCCGUACUCCAGGACCAACAACUUUUGCUACGUCGAGGACAUCAGGGACUACUGCUCCCACUACCCAUAACUCAUGGUUAAUAAAUAAUUCUUCCCACACUCCAGGACCCACAGGGACUACAGGUCCUACUGUCAACCCUACAGGAUCAGCAGCUUCAUCUUCCAACAUUCCAAGGUCCACAGGGACUAUUGCUACCAACCCCAUUGUGCCAACAUGGACACCAGCUCCUGCUACCCAUACUCCAAAUUCAACAAGGACUCCUCUUCCUACUAUCCAUACUCCAGGUCCAGUUCGAACCCCAGCUAAUGCUGCAAGGGUUCCUGGCCCCAGUCGAAUACCAGGCCCUGCCAGUGGGACACCCAGACCAGUCCCAAAACCAGAAACUGGAGGUCCCACUGUGAACUACAAGAAGGAGAAAGCCUUUCCUAUUAGAAAAUACUGUGUUCCCACUGUAGCAGUAUUAUUGGUGCUGGCUUCAAUUGCUGUUGUAUCCAUCCUGAUUAAAGUGGUUUUGGAUAAUUAUUAUUAUUUCUGCGUCAAGUCCUUCAAAUUUAUACCUUUGGGACAGCGGUGUGAUGGUAAAUCAGACUGUGCAGGAGAUGAGGAUGAGAGUCGAUGUGUACAGCCUUUCGAUGUCACUGCAGACUCAAAUGUUAGAUUCAAAGAAGCUGGUUCUCUUCUUCAACUCUAUGUGCCAUCCAGAAGCAGCUGGAGUUUUAUUUGCAGUGACAACUGGGAUACUACUAAAGCAAAAGCUGUGUGUGCACAGGUUGGGUAUUUCAGUGAACCAGUGUCCAGUUCUGUCUCUGUCUCUGAGAUUUCUACACCAUCCACAGUAUUGUAUAGUACUGUGCAGGUGCUGAACGACCGAAGUAUCCAGGUUAAUCCAUCUCUGGGGGGAAGUUGCACAUCUGGUCAAGUUGUAUCUCUUAGCUGUGCAGCAUGUGGUACUAGACAUAAGCAACAGAGGAUUAUUGGGGGUAGCAAUUCUGAUAUAAUGAGGUACCCAUGGCAGGUCGACCUACAGUACAUGGGGCAACACAUAUGUGGAGGAAGUAUCCUGAACUCUCGCUGGAUCCUCACUGCUGCCCACUGUUUUGACAAAGGUCAGAGACAAAUUGAUCGAUGGCGUGUCCAGUAUGGAGUAACCACUCUUACAUAUGUGUUUGGAUACUUUGUGGACAAGAUCUUCCUGCAUUCCAGAUACGUGGUCGAUCAUUACCCAAAUGACAUUGCCCUGCUCAAACUCAAAAGUGAUAUAGUUGUAUCAGCAUCUGUGCAGUCUGUCUGCCUUCCUGGAUAUGAUAAUAACUUAGCGGACGGCUCAUCGCUGUGGGUGACAGGCUGGGGUCAUACAGUAGAGGGAGGUGCUGCAAAAGCUUCUCAGCUUCAAGAAGUGACUAUUAAUCUUAUCUCCAGCACUACUUGCAAUCAAGAGUAUGGUGGACAGAUUCUUGACACCAUGUUGUGUGCAGGAAAGAUAGAAGGCGGGGCUGACACUUGCAAGGGUGAUAGUGGGGGCCCUUUGGUUUCAUUGGGACAAAACUCACGCUGGGACCAGGUUGGCAUUGUUAGCUGGGGCGAUGGCUGUGGAAGACCUAAUAAUGUAGGAGUAUACACCAAUGUGCUGUCAUUCUUGAACUGGAUUUAUGGAGUAAUGAGGCAAAUAUCAUAAGCCCUAGGACAGCAUAUAUUAUUUACCCAGACCGUCUUGCUCUGGAGCAAGUAAAUAAGUGGACAUGAAGUAUUGCAAGAGUGUGGUGCUCUGCUGGUCUGAAUGGUCUUCUGGACAAACCCUCUGCAGGACCAGAGCAUGCCAGGAGAUAGAUAUUUAUUUUUAAAAAGUGGUUGAUACCAUACUGAUAAAUGUGAGCUUCACCAAAGCAGUAUUUUGGGAGCCAGAUUCUGAAGAUGUUUCUCAGGAAUCAUUUGCACAUAACUGGGGUGGAUUUAUUUUCUAAACACGGGUGCCAAUUUUUCACAUGAAAAAGGAAAAAACAGGGGUUUUUUUGCAUUUCCCUAUCUAAACAGUGCCAAAACCUGAAAGUGUGUGUGUGUGUGUGUCUGUGUGUGGCCAAACUGUGUGCAAAAUAAACAUAUAUAUAUAAAUAAUCUACAAUUUUUAAAAAUGGCACCAUAAAUGUCACUUUUUUAUUAGUCCACUAACUGGUUAACUACCUACCAAAGCUAUUAGUGUAAACAUGUUUUAAAAAGGCUUAUAGCAUGCUGCAAACACAUGGCCACCUAUUAUCUGUAUGGCAUUACAGAUUAUUAUGGAAUUAUAAUUUAUUUUGUGCCAUUCUAAUCCUUUUCCUGAGCAACAUGCGGUGAACUUCAACCUCAAGGCUUGACCUGUUCAGUAGUCAGAUCUACAUUUAUUGCACUUGGAUGUAUAAAUGUAUACAGUAUAUUAAAUGAGUGUUAUUUGUUUUCCUUAAAUAUAAUGUUAUAUAAUUUAAAUUGUGUGCUUUUGACACAAGUACUUUACACUUUGAUGUAAUGGCCAAAACUAUACAGACAAAGCAUCAACGUCCACCCUAGUGUGAGGUAGGGUGGACAUGUCUAAUAGUUCUACAUACAAACAGCCUAUUUACAAAAUCAUAUAGUGAUUUUAACAUUGCCCUUUAGCAUGGCAUUAAAAUACAUAGAUGGACAGACUACAGGCCUGGAUUGGUAAUCUGUCCAUUCUGGCAAAUGCCUGGUAUGCUGCUCCAUGAUAAAGUGGGCCAGGGAAACUGGUGGGAGCUGCUGAAUGGGAGCCGGAAACUGCCAAAUGGGAGCUGAAGAUAAAGCAGCCAAAUGGGAGUCAAAGAAGAAGCCACAGAGGAGAACAAAGAAGCUGCUGUUGCCUAGGAGGAAGAAGACUGUCUAACUGCCCAAUGGUUUUUAAACUUGGAGGAACUGGCCACCAAUAUUUUUUUUAACUGGGGGGGGGCUAGCCACCAAUCUUUUUUAACUUGGGGGAGCUGGUUACCAAAGGUCUUUUAACUUGGAGGGGGCCACCUAUUAGUUUUUUUUUCAUAAAAGAUGCAUCAGGAGGAAGCCUAACUUGGAACCUUAAACUAUUUGGCCACUAUUUAGCAGAGCAAUGAAUGGAUUCCCUAAAUAUCAGCAUAUUCUUGAUGUCAAUGUGAAAGUCAGCCAAGAAGCUAAAGAGGGGAUGGCAUCUACAACAAGAGAAUGAUCCUAACCCUACCUCAAAAGCAUCCAUGAGUUACUUGAAGAAAAACAAGCUGAAUAUUUUGGAAUGGCUCUCAGUCCCUCGUCACUGAAAAUCUGUGGGCAAAUUUUUGCAAUAUGGACAGAGAAGUUUACAGAAUUAGAAGUGAUCUGCAAAUAGAAGUGGGUUUGAAAGACUUGAAAUACUGGAUAUAAAAGGCAUUUACACACUGUGAUCUGUGGAAAAGGAAGCAUAAAUAAAUAGGUGCUCAAAAUGUUGCACAUACCAAAAUUACUAUUUUCUUUGUUCCUGUGUUUUAAAGUUUGUGAAAUAAAAAUGUAACUGUGCAUUAA